GAAAAAAAUUUAGCUCAUAAUACCUUCCGCUCUAUAAAUUAAUAUUAUCUCUAUAUUCCCUAAUAUAUAUAGGAAAAACAUAUGUUCAUUAAUCAUUAACAUUGGAACAAAACAUUCUCCAAGUUAUUUAGCAUUAUUCCCAUGUAUCCUCAAAGUAUCAAGUGUUCUUCAAUUAUUUAUACAACAAAUUUUCAAUACCAUUAUAACUUUAUAAUUGACUAGCACAAAGGUUAUUAAUUAAUCAAAAUCAUUACCAUCGUUGUUUCAAAAAAAAAAAAUAUCAUUACCAUCCAAUACUAAGACUUCUAGUUUCCACAUCUCUCUACCACCUCCUCAUCAGUAUUUUUCAAAGAAAAGCCCAAAAUUAAACGGCCCAAAACAUAGUAUCCUUGGCCCAAUCUCUUGCUUAAAAGUUCAGGAAAUAUACACGUGUAAUCUCAACCGUCAAAUGUAAAUAAUAAAAUAAAAAUAUACGCUGAUAAAUUCUCCGUUUGCCGGCGGUUGAAGUAAGUCGUUCACCAUUACAGAGUGGCUCAGACAAUACAACUUCCACUUCAUAUCUCCUCAAUUUUCUCUCUCUUCCGUACAAAAAUGGCGACUUCUUCUUCACCUGAAAAUAUUCGCCGAACUCGAAUUCUUUCUAGUAAGCUCUACUUCGAUGUUCCUCCUUCUAAGGUGCCAGUGAUUUAUUCAUCGGUUUAUAAUAUUGCUUUCUUUGGAAUUGAAAAAUUGCAUCCGUUUGAUUCUUCAAAAUGGGGACGCAUAUGCCAGUUCCUUGUUUCAGAAGGUGUACUGGACAAAAAAUGUAUCACUGAGCCUGAAGAAGCUUCUAAAGAGGACCUGUUAGUGGUGCAUUCAGAGAAAUAUCUGGAUAGUCUUCAAAACAGCUUGACUGUUGCUAAAAUUAUGGAGGUUCCACCAGUUGCAAUGUUGCCCAACUGUAUCGUACAGCGGAAAGCUCUAUAUCCAUUUCGGAAACAGGUAGGGGGAUCUGUUCUGGCUGCAAAGCUUGCAAAAGAGCGAGGGUGGGCCAUUAAUGUUGGUGGAGGUUUCCAUCAUUGUUCUGCAGAUAAGGGAGGUGGUUUUUGUGCUUAUGCUGACAUCUCCAUCUGCAUUCACUUUGCUUUUGUUCAGUUAAAAGUAUCAAGGGUUAUGAUAAUUGAUCUUGAUGCACAUCAAGGGAAUGGUCAUGAAAUAGAUUUUGCUAAAGAUAAAAGAGUAUAUAUACUUGAUGUGUACAAUUCUGAGAUAUAUCCUGGUGAUUAUAAUGCCAGGAGGUUUAUCAAUCAGAAAGUUGAAGUUUUAAGUGGGACCACAACAGAUGUAUACUUGAAGACAGUGGAUGAUGCACUCGAGGUUGCUAGACGAAGUUUUGAUCCUGAGUUGGUGGUAUACAAUGCUGGAACCGACAUCCUGGAUGGAGAUCCACUGGGCCGUUUAAUGAUUAGCCCUGAUGGUGUAAUCGAGAGGGAUGAGAAGGUGUUUACAUUCGCUCGUGAGAAGGGCAUCCCUAUAUUAAUGCUUACAUCAGGCGGUUAUAUGAAGUCAAGUGCUAGAGUGAUUGCAGAUUCGAUUAUCAAUCUCUCCAGGAAACAAUUGAUAGAUAUGUCAGGCACCCAAGGCACUGCAGGAACUGGAGGUCAAAUAUGAACCUCUGUGAACAAAAUACGGAAAGAUUAUAGCGUGUUAUAGCAAAAGAAACCCCUUUUGUAAAUUAUAUGGAAAGAAAAUAGUGUGAUUUACUCCGUACCAUAUUGUUGUAUCCUAUACGAAGUACAAGGUAUUAUGUAAAUUCAGAAAUUUAACCUGUUGUUAUUCAAACACUGAUAUAGGUCAAAUUUCGUGAUUUCAUGGGUUAAUUCAUCAUAUAUCUAUAUAUCGAUACAAAUUUGUUUUU